UAUAAUUAUAUGCGGGUGUUUUUUAUAGGUAGUCGGGUUCGAAUAUCAUUUGUAUUGGUCACGUGGUGAAGGCAUAUAAAUAGGCGAACAUGUGUUUGUGCGGCAUUCUAAGCACGCUCGCUAGUUCUACGUACAGGUAAAUUUUAUACACUACAAAAACUCUAUGGCUGAAAGUGACCAUUGCAUGGAAACUCCGGGAGAAGAAUUUGGUUUAUCUAAUGAAGAGGCCGUUUCUUUAUUCAGUUCUUCACUGAACAAAGCUUUAGAAAGGCAGAGCAAUGUUAUUGUGAGCACUAUAACGGGCCUUACAGAAAAGUUGACAAAAAGCAACGCGGGGAAAAACGUGCCGCACGUGGAGGAACCAACAGUUUCAGUUAACGGGUCACCAGGAUUCGAAUUCAAACACGAGGGACACAAGAUUCAGUUUAACUUUAAUCAAGCAAGAUAUUCCAAGUUGUCAGAGCUAGGAAAGUUGAUUCAGGAGUGUGAUUUUCAGAAAGCAGCAGACAUCGUAAAAGAGGAACAAGCAGCAAUACUUCAAAGAAACAAGAUUUUAAAGAUUGCAGACCGGCACGGAUGGGAUACCGUGAGUGAAUACCUUGACGACCCCUUAGCGGACGACACCGAAGAUGCUACUAAGCUUCGUUACGCUGUUAGUCGUGCUGCUAGGAAACGCUCCUAUCGAAGCAAGCCCUACGACAAACGGAGAGGCAAUUUCGCGCCAAAUGACUUUUUUCUGGAUCAGAUAUAAACAGUAUUUUUGCGGCAUAUAAGUUUGCUAGUAAUGUUCUAGUGCUGAGAGUUGAUUUUAGAUAGAUCAUAUGGAUGAUCAACAAGGUUCCAUGAACCACAUGGCAUAUCUUGCAUGGCACCAUGUGCAUAAUGAAUUCUAGAGCAGUAUUUUGAGCACCAUGUGCAUAUACCUUAUGAGCUACAUAUGAAAUUGUAAACAAAGCACCAUGUGCGUUUUCUUGUGUAUACUAAGAGAAUUUUGAAUUGAACGAAGUGGGAUUUUGUGAGCUAAAUAUGAAUUAGAGAUAAGGCACCAUGUGCGUUUUCAGAAAAUCAAAUGUAAUUGAAUGGGGCAUGCAUGAACUAUAUCUUAAGUCUCAAGGUGGAAAGUUGUGGGACAACUUUGCAUUGAUAAAAUCUGUCUUUUUUAUAGGUACACAAUAACAUUCUGUCGGAAAUCCAGGAAAUGAAAAAAGACAGCAGGUUUGCAUCGGCAGCAUCACACAUUCAUUACAUUCUACGGAAAGGAAAGAGCGACAACUCUAAUAGAAAAUACGACACUUAUUUCCAAAAAUUUAAAGGCUGGUGUUCGGCUCACGAUGUUUCCUAUUUACCCGCAGCAGUGAGUACUGUGGCAGUAUUUCUAAGCGGUCUUGUACAGCAAUCGGUUUCCGAAUCUGUGUUAUCAACAUAUUUCUACAGUAUCAAGUGGUAUCAUGAUUGCAAUAUGUGCUCUAACCCGUGUGAUCAAAAAAUUCUCCAUAUGCUCAUGGAAGGAGGAAAACGAAUUCUUUCGAAACCGAUUCAGAAGAAGGAUCCAAUAACGCCUGAAAUUUUAGAGCAGAUUAUAAGCAAAUACGGCAAUGAUAGUUGUAAAAAUGACUUGUCUAAUGUGAGAGUUUGUACAAUGGUAUUGUUGGGUUUUGCGGGAUUUUUCAGAUUUAACGAACUUUCAAAUUUACGUGUUAGAAAUAUAUCUUUUCAUGCAUUAUUUAUGUCUGUUCAUCUUGAAAGUAGCAAGACAGACGUAUAUAGACGAGGUAAUGAUGUUUUAAUUGCAAGCACAGGUAAAUCAACCUGUCCUGUUUUUUGGUUAAAGCACUAUUUACAACUUGCAGGUAUUACUGAAAAACCUGACGAUUUCAUCUUUCGAUCUAUACGUUUUUACAAGUCAUCAAAACGUUAUAAGCUUUGUGAGAUUAACAAACCCAUUUCUUAUACUAGAGCACGAGAAAUACUACUUAGUGCUUUAUCGUCCAUUGGUUUGAAUUCAAAGUUGUUUGGUUUACACAGUCUACGAAGUGGCGGCGCUACUUCAGCGGCUUCAAGCGGCGUAAGUGACAGGUUGUUAAAAAUUCAUGGUCGAUGGAAAUCGGAUUUUUCAAGGGACAACUACAUUAAAGAUUGUGUGCAAAAGCAACUUCAUGUUACCAAAAAUUUGAACAUAUGAAAGGUUUAUAUAUUGUUCACUUUUGUUUAUAUAAUUAAUAACAAAUGUGUUACUUCCGCCAUUAGAUUUUUCUCUCUUUGUUUUUCUAAGUGCUAGCGAGCUGCCAUCCUACUUAUACUAUAUAGUUUCUUGUUUUUUGGUAAUUAGCAUCUAAUUAAUUUAUAUUCGGACGAACAAAGUGAGGGAGAAUAUAAUUAUAAUUAUAUGCGGGUGUUUUUUAUAGGUAGUCGGGUUCGAAUAUCAUUUGUAUUGGUCACGUGGUGAAGGCAUAUAAAUAGGCGAACAUGUGUUUGUGCGGCAUUCUAAGCACGCUCGCUAGUUCUACGUACAGGUAAAUUUUACAAUAUUUCUAUGGCGGAUAGUAACCAUUUAUCAGAUGACAUUAAUCUGUGUAUAUAUUGAUGUGUAUUAACAUGAGUAGUUUUGUUUGCGAUAUAUUUCUUAAGGACAUUACGAGUGAUGAAUAAAGUGCUAGCGAGCUGCCAUCCUACUUAUA